AAGGCAGACAUGGGGAGCAAAACCUGGGCAGACCUGGCUGGGGAGAUGAAGAUAUUCCUGUGGAACCCAGAGGAGAAAACAUGCCUGGGAAGAACAGCCAAGAGCUGGGGCUUGAUCUUACUGUUUUACUUCAUCUUCUACACGUGCCUGGCGGGAAUGUUUGCCUUCUGCAUGUACGUGAUGCUGCUCACGCUGAGCCCCUACACACCGACGUACCGGGACCGUGUGUCUCCGCCAGGAGUAAUGAUCAGACCGUACUUGAACGGGUUCACCAUUGCCUUCAACGUCUCUCAGCGCAGCACGUGGCAGCCCUACGUGGACAGCAUGCACCACUUCCUAGCAGCUUAUGAUGACAAAGUUCAAGAGGAGAAGAAUAUCGAGUGCAUCUCAGGACAGUACUUCAUCCAAGGGGGCAAUGAAAGCGAGGAGAAGAAGGCCUGCCAGUUCAAACGCUCACUUCUGCGGAACUGCUCUGGCAUUGAGGACCCAACGUUUGGCUACUCUAAAGGCCAGCCCUGCAUCCUGACGGAUCAUAGGCUACCGCCCUGGUGCUGGGGUCCCCGUGAGAGUGGACUGCAAAGUGCAGAAAGGCAACGAGAGCGAUCUCAGAUCUGUGGACUUCUACCCUGGAAACGGGACUUUUGAUCUCAUGUAUUAUCCCUACUAUGGCAAGUUCACUCAUGUCAACUAUACGUCCCCACUGGUGGCUAUGCACUUUACAGAUGUG